GAAGAACCCUACGGCCUGUUGGAUAUGUCCCUUUGUUUUCUCUCCGUAUAAGACCCAGCAAAUUCCCAAAUAAAAGUGAAAGAGAAUUUGCAGACUCCCCUUUCAGUUUUAGCCUUUUUUUCUCUCUCUCUCUCUCUAUAUAUAUAACCAAACAUUUUCUGAUACCCCAAACACUCAAUUCACUGCAAACCUUCAAAAAGAUAAAGAAGAAAACAUGCCUGGAAGUUUAGACCCUUUGGAUGUAGGUAUCCAAAUUCCAUACCACUUUCGCUGUCCAAUCUCCUUAGAGCUUAUGCGAGAUCCAGUCACCGUUUGUACAGGUCAAACAUAUGACCGCCAAAGCAUUGAGUCCUGGGUGGCAACCGGCAAUACCACGUGUCCGGUAACAAGGUCCCCACUCAGUGAGUUCACGCUUAUUCCAAACCAUACUCUUCGUCGGCUUAUACAAGAAUGGUGUGUUGCGAACCGGGCUUUUGGAGUUGAGCGAAUUCCGACCCCAAAGCAACCGGCUGAUCCGGUGUUAGUCCGGUCGCUGUUGCACCAAGCUGGUGCCCAGUCAAAUCAUUUGAAUUCUAGGCUUAAUGCUUUGAGGAGACUAAGAGGACUUGCUCGUGACUCGGAUAAAAACCGGUCUGUAAUUUCAGCAAACAACGCACGUGAAAUCCUGUUGUCUAUUGUUUUCUCACGUAUGGUUCCAGACUCCGAGUUGAAUCACGAGUCACUCGCGAUUCUCUCCAUGUUCCCUUUAUCCGAACCUGAAUGUGUUUUCGUUGCUUCGGAUCCAGACCGAGUUACUUACCUGGUUGCUUUGCUUUUUCAUCCUUCAAUCGAUGUUCGAGUUAACUCAGCUGCUUUGAUUGAGAUUGUUGUCGCCGGAAUGAGAUCACCGGAGCUCCGUGCUCAGAUUAGCAAUGCAGAUGAUGUUUUUGAAGGAGUAGUCGGGAUUUUGAAUUAUCCGUUAGCGUAUCCCAGAGCGUUGAAAGUUGGAAUUAAAGCAUUGUUUGCUUUAUGCUUAGUAAAGCAACACCGUGAAAGAGCGGUGACUGCCGGUGCUGUUGAAGCGCUUAUUGAUAGAUUACAGGAUUUCGAGAAAUGCGAUGCGGAAAGAGCACUUGCUACAAUCGAACUCUUAUCAAGGAUUCCAUCAGGAUGCGGCGCGUUAGCCUCUCACGCGCUUACGGUGCCUUUGCUUGUGAAAAUUAUACUAAAAAUAUCGGAGCGUGCGACAGAGUACGCUGCCGGCGCGUUGUUAUCGCUUUGUUCGGCGUCGGAACAAGCACAGAAAGAGGCUGUCGCCGCCGGCGUGCUGACUCAGCUUUUGUUGUUAGUUCAAAGCGAUUGUACAGAACGCGCGAAGAGAAAAGCGCAAAUGCUUUUGAAGCAGCUUCGUGAUUGUUGGCCAGAUGACUCUAUUGCCAAUUCGGAUGAUUUUGCUUGUACCGACGUCGUUCCGUUUUGACGAUUCACCAUUCUUAUCUUUCUGUCUUCCAAAACUACCCCAAAUUUUUGUAAUUCAAGAAAAAAAAAACCAAG